UAUGUGGGCCCAUCCACAACAUUGUGCCGAAGCCAAACACCGUUCAUGUGAAUGAGACCUGUUGUGUAGCUGCGGGAGGUCUUAAAGACAUAUGGUCGGACUCCAGUUACGAUGUGUCUGUCCCUCACUCCUCACCGCCCAAGACUCGAGAGAGACUGGGAUUGUCCUUCAACAACAUGAAACUGCUUCUUUUCGUCUCCGCGCUCGCAGCUGCGACGCCCCUGGGGUCUCUGGAACCCAGGCAGCAGGCAACACUCUGCGACCAGUAUGGCUACUGGUCCGGCAAUGGUUACGAGGUUAACAACAACCUUUGGGGCGAGAGCGCAGCCACCUCAGGCUCGCAGUGCACGUACGUGGACGGCAGCUCUUCUGGCGGCGUCCAAUGGCACACGACGUGGACGUGGAACGGCGGAGACAACAACGUGAAGAGCUUCGCCUACUCGGGCAGGCAGAUCACCAAGGGCCAGAAGAUCUCCUCCAUCAGCAGCAUACAGACGUCGGUCUCGUGGUCGUACAGCAACACCAACAUCCGCGCUGACGUCGCGUACGACAUCUUCACCGCCGCGGACCCCAACCACUCCACCAGCAGCGGCGACUACGAGCUCAUGAUCUGGCUCGCCAAGUACGGCAGCAUCUCCCCGAUCGGCUCGUCGGUCGGCACGGUCAACGUGGGCGGCCGCAGCUGGGACCUGUGGGUGGGCUACAACGGCGCCAUGAAGGUGUUCAGCUUCGUCGCGCCGAGCCCCGUCACCAGCUUCAGCGCCAACGUCAAGGACUUCUUCAACUACCUGCAGAACAAUCAGGGCUUCCCCGCCAGCAGCCAGAAUCUGCUUACUUUCCAAAUCGGCACGGAACCCUUCACGGGCGGACCGGCCACCUUCACGGUGUCGCAGUUCUCGGCCAACGUUUCGUAAAAAGAGGUCCGUAGAUUGGAGCAUUUCGGGAUGAUAAACAAGCGAAAGGAGGAUGAUUCAAGAGGGCUGGUAGUGGCAGGAGAUCUAACGCAGCAGCGAGGACAGCACAGAAGCCGAUAAGGCGAUACCAUUGUCUUCGAAAAAGGAUGAACUUAUGCCACUUCCAUAACACCCCAGAUGAGAUGGGCCUGUAUAGUCGGCUGCUCAUUUGUGCCUCCUCCUUGUCCCAGUGCAAGAUCCC